GCCGGGCGCGGAUUGGUGCUGCGCUGGCCUCGCUGCCGGCGUCGGCGUUGCUCGAGACUUCUAUCACGCGCUUCGGCAUGAACGUGGGCCGAGCAGCGCGGCAGUUGGCGUGAUUGCGGUCGCAGUCCUCGAGCCAGCCGCGUAUCCUCGCGAAGCUGAGCUGGGAAUCAGGGGCGAGGUUUGGCGGCAGCUCGUGCCCGAUGAAAUCGUGGAGGACUUUCUUUCCUGCCGCGUUGCGAUGUCAGCCUGGGACAACUGCCCGUGGUCUCCUUCUACAACAGCGAGCUGGGCUGCUGGGAUUUUCAGCUACCUGGAGGUGUGUACACGGCAAAGCCAUUCAACCUGCUGACGUGGUCGUCGACGGUAAAGGUCACGAUGGGCUCGCUGGGCUGCAUGAUGAAGUCGACCUUGAUCAUGGCCUCGUCGGCAGAGCCAAAAAAGCCCGAGGCGGGGAGGUUGUCGACGUUCAGAUACUUGACGAGGUCGGCAAAGAAGGUGCAGUUGUCGGCAGCGGCUGCUAUUGCCUGGGCCAGAGUGAGGCCAAUCUCGACGCCGCGGUGGGUUCGCCAGGUCGAACGUCCGGCCGGGCGGAAGAGCAUCGAGUCGGCGACUUGUUUGCGCAGGUCGACCGUGACUUUGGCGCAGUAGUGGCAGGCAUGGGGGGCAAUGUCGAGGUUGUCUUUCUCGGCGAGAUGGUGAAGUUGAAGAUGGACUGGCGAGAAACUGCGCAACUCUCCGCUUUCAUCCUCAACCGGGUCGGGCGCAGGCUUCGGCCAUGGCUGCCAGCAGACCAGCCUCCCCGGCUUGGGCGUGUCGUUCUCCGAGUCCGAGUCAUCGGGGUCGGGGUCGGGGUGUUCGCGGCGACGGGGCAGCCGAAAGUGGCGCCAUGGCUGUGGGGGUCAUGCCCCGUCAGUUACAGCAGUGAAGGGGUAGGUCUGUGUAGGGUUAAUUAGUGCUGACGUAGGGUUGGUCGUCCCGAGCCCACUUUCGCAGCUCAGCUCGCCGCGCUUUGCCCCUGGCCCAGGCCCAGGCCCAGCCUGGCCCUUGGCUCGCUGUCCACGUGCGGGGAAGACAUUUUUGGGGGGCAUCCAACCGGGUUUCCAGGCGGACGUGCAUGUGUCUAACGCUCUGGGGCCUAGCGGCGUGGCGGGUGCCAGUGCCUGGUUGGACAUUGCUCCCAGCUGCCAUGGCUCCAUGCAGAUAGAUGCAUGCAGCCGAAACCGGUCCUCCUGUGACCUGCGGCCACGCAGCGACGCCAGCAAGCGGUGUAACUCGGC